AUGGAGCACAUAUGUUUACAGAGGUUUCUGGUCGUCUCGGGAAGGUUUCUGCGCGUCGCGAGGGGCCGACGUCACCGUGAGGGCCAGCAGCUGCAGCGGCUCGUGGUGCCAUCCUUGCGGAGGCAGACGGCAGGUGCCGGUUUGCGGGUGACGCGGCCCCGCGGGUCUGGGCACCUGCGGCUCGCGGCCCUGCGGCCCCCACCCCCCGGGAGGCCCACGGAGAGACCCCCACUUGAAGACGCGAGGAGACCGUCUUGGGGUGUGCUCCUGCCUCAGGGCCGCCAGCCGGGGGCCCCGAGGACCCCAGGGAGGGCGGUGGGAGGACCCCUGGACGCCCGUCGCCAGGGCUCCUGGUAUCUCCGCUUUCGGGCGCGCAGCCCCCCGCCCCGAGGCGCUCUCAGGGAGGUGUGGCUGGUCCCCUGUGAGCGCGAGGGCCCUCACGCACCUCCGCCCGUCCUGGCGGGGCGGGGUCUGCGCUGGUCGAGUCCAGCACUGAGCACUGUCCCUAAGCGUCAGGAGAGGGACCCUGCCCCCGGCCCUGCACCCGUGGUCGCUGACACUCCAAGGAUAGGUGCCCGCUCCGCCCCGCCCACCGAUAAGGAGUCCAGGCAGAGCCGUGUGCCGCCUCUAGAGCACACGCCCGCCCGCAGGCCCAAGCCCCCCUCCAGGGCCUGCUGCGUGCUGGGUGGCCUGUGUGCGCCGGGCACUGCCCGGGCUCAGGGGGAGAAGGGAGCGUGGCAGGUGCCGGCGGCAGGGCUCUCCCCCCUCAGGGAUGCACGGCAGGGGCCCGUCUGCGUCUGCGUCUGCAUCUGCGUCUGUGGCGUGAGGCUCUGUGCUCAGGAGGCCCUGGGGCCUCUGGGCACACCCCCCCACCCGCAGGCCCUGGGCCCUGGAGGGGAUUGGGGGAGCGGUGGGGAGCAGGGGCAGGGGACGGGCGGGCAGUGCUGGGCUCGGGCUCUGACCCAGCCCAGGCCCCGCGAGGGGGUGGGCCCCACAGCCAACAAGUGGGAGGCCUUCGGGGGGUGGGGCUCCUGGAGGCCCGCCUGGACGGCUGUGCCCAUCGCUGCGGUUGGGGGCGUCUGGGUGGGUGAGACCCUCCGGCUUUGCGUCAUCGGCCACCCUGAGGCCGGGCCUGCCUCUGGCCCCACACCCACCGUGAGACACAGCGCCUGUAGCGGCGGUGGCUGGCUGGGCCCCGUGUGGGUUUCCAGAACCUCUGAGCUCGCUGCUGGGCCCCAGGAGGAUGUUUCUCAGACACGCUCUCCUUCCCCCACGGCCUCCGAGGAACCUGAGACGUCGCUUGGUGACCCGGGACCAGGCCUCCCUGCCCAGGUCCAGGGCACGUGGAUGCCUGGAGUGGUCCCUGCAGGCACCUCCCGCAUGGACACAAGUGACGUGGGGCUCAGCCUCCCGGGUCCUCCCAGCGGACAGACGCCCAGGCCCCCAGGAGCCCGUCCCUCUGCGCCCCCGGGCGGGCCUGCUUGUCCCCAGCUCUGCGGCUGUGGUCCUGUGACCCACCCCCUCCAGCCCACCCUUGGGACCCGGAGGCCAAGGGAGAACGGCGCAGCAGCGUCUCCACCUGCUAAGGAAGCAGGGACGUCCCCGGGCCCCGGGGGCCAGUGGGAGGCGUCUUCCCGCCCCAGUGCACACUCCAGGCCUGAAAACAGCCAAGGCCGUAUGGACAGCACGCUGUGCCCGGCGACGGGGCAGCUGGUGGCUGUGGAGGGACUGCCGGGCUGGCUGUCAGGCCUCAGGCUCCGGAAGGGGCAGAGGUCUCCCAGGUCCUCUUGGAGGGAGCAGGUCAGCUCACACGAGCAGGACGGUGAUGGGACCCAGGACCUGGGCCGGCAGCUGUCCGCUCACCGCAGCUCCACCGACAGGCCCCUGUUGUGCGCCAGGCCGAGGAGCCUGAUGCUGGUGGAGCUGGAUGUCCCCGGGGGCCACAGAGCGCCCGGCACCAGGUGCUGUGAGGAGGGAGGCCGGAGCGGUGAGAUGGGGGAGUGCCUGCUAGAGACCAGGGCCGAAAGGGGGGUUACCGGCCGCGGUGGGGGCUCACACGCCCUGAAGGGCCCCAAGCGGCUGCUGGACACGCGCUCCCUCCGGACGGCCGGCAGCAACCGGGGUCCCGGGCGCAGCCCAGACACCCACCUGCCCGCGUGCGCGCUGGGACUCCUGGUGGACCCGCCCCAGGACACAGCCCCUCCGGAGGCAGGCCUGGGGCGCUUGCCCUCCCACGCUUGGACGCUCUCCCCAGAUACUCCGGCUGCUGCUGCCUUUGUACAAUCAGAGCUUUUAAACGUCCCCUCCUCAGCUGGGCCCCCGCCUGCAGCCAGCAAGGCUGGACGGCGGCCCCCCGGCUCUCUCGGCCACACCUACUCAUCCCUGUCGGUGCCUGUCUCACCUGUUGGCGUGUUUCCACGUCGGCUUCCCCAUCAGGCCAUGAGCAUCAUGGUGACAGGGCCCGCGUCCACCGCCAGGGCAGGCACAGAGCCGGCAACAAGGGGUCCUGGCGGCAGGCUGGAAGGACGCGGCUAA